AUGUCGAAAACGCAACCUGAAGAUCUCCACAAUGACGAGGGCAUUCAGAACACAGAGCUCAAAAGAGGCAAGAAGCGAAAGAGGAAGGGUGGCGAGUCAGGUGUUGCUCUUAGAAAGAGUGCUGGCAAGGUGACCAAGUUUGACAACGACGAACAACCGACUGAGAAAGAUGAAACCAAAGAGGAUCCAAACAAGCUAGCAAAGGCUCGAGAGCUCUCUGAGGCCAGCAAAGAACCGCAGAUUCAGAUCGCUAAAACACCGAAAUCUGAGCAGCCCCAAAAGGGCAGGGAAGAAAAGCGGCUAGAAAAGCCCCGAAAUGACCACAGAAAGCCUACUGAUCAGUCAACCAAAGGGCAUACUGGGCCGAGACACACUCUAAUUGGUGGGCAUACUUUCUACCAAAGCCCUCAUUUAAUCAAGAGACGAGAUGAGCUUCUUCCAAAACGGCAAGCCCUGCCUAUCUGGUCUCAAGCAGAUGCUAUUCGAAAGCGCCUAAGGGAAACCAAUGUGCUCGUGCUUACCGGUGAGACGGGUUCUGGCAAAUCCACGCAGGUGCCACAAUUCCUGCAAUCUGAGGACUGGUGUACGAAGACUAUUGCGAUCACGCAACCGCGUCGCGUGGCCGCAAUCUCGCUCGCUAGACGAGUUGCUGAAGAGAUGGGAAGUUUAUUUGGUACACAGAGUCCCGCAGCCAAGGUCGGAUAUAGCGUUCGUUUUGACAAUGCUUCCGGCCCGAAGACGAAGAUCAAAUUCUUGACCGAGGGUAUGCUACUCCAGGAUAUGCUCCGAGAUCCAGAUAUGAAACAGUACAGUGCGGUCGUUGUCGACGAGGUCCACGAGAGGAGCGUCAACGUUGAUCUGAUCCUUGGGUUUCUGAGGAACGUGGUCUCAAGAAUUGAGAAUGGUAAGGAAGCGCGGAAGCACCCGCUCAAGGUAGUUGUCAUGAGUGCAACAGCUGAUGUGGAGGGUCUGGUUGACUUCUUCGCUGAGGGCGUCAACGAAGCCCGGAAGACUCCCGCAACCUUGAGCGAACCCACAGCCAUAUCGCAAGCAGUGCGCGAUCGCAUCUCAACCUGCUUUGUUGAAGGUCGCCAAUUCCCAGUCAAGACUACAUACCUACCUGAACCCACCUUAGAUUGGGUCGAAUCCGCCUUAAAAAUCAUCUUCCAAAUCCACUACAAGGAGCCUUUACCUGGCGACGUCCUCGUCUUCCUCACAGGACAAGACAAAAUUGAGGCCUUAGAAAAGCUGGUAAACGACUACGCGGCAGCAAUGGACAAAGAUAUGCCAAAGCUGCUUGCACUCCCUCUGUUCGCUGCGUUGCCCCAGCAUGCCCAGCAGCGCAUCUUCCAACCGACCCCCUACCGGACUCGCAAGGUCAUUUUGGCUACCAACAUCGCCGAAACGUCGGUCACAGUACCUGGUGUGCGCUUUGUCAUCGAUUGCGGAAAAUCAAAGAUCAAGCAAUAUCGCAGUAACCUUGGUUUGGAGUCACUGUUAGCAAAGCCCAUCUCGAGGUCAGCCGCGAUCCAGCGCAAAGGUCGUGCUGGUCGUGAAGCGCCAGGACAGUGUUAUCGACUCUAUACUGAGGAUGAAUAUAAGACGCUGGAAGAAAGAACAACCCCAGAGAUUCUUCGGUGUGAUCUUAGCCAAUCUUUGCUCACUAUGAAAGCGCGCGGUGUUAACGAUGUGCUCAAUUUUCCUUUUUUAGACCGACCACCACAAGAAACCCUUGGCAAAGCACUCAUGCAGCUAUUCCACCUCGGCGCUCUGAACGAGGACGGAACGGUCAACGAUCUGGGUAUCAAGAUGGCCAAGCUACCUGUCACACCAACGCUUGCUCGGAUUAUCGUGGAGGCCGCAAGGCCGGAACGAGACUGUCUACUGGAUGUGGUUGACAUUAUCUCCGCACUCAGCACGGAAGAUAGCAUCUUCUUUAACAUCGCCACCGAGGAGAAAAGAGAGCAAGCAGAAGAAGCGAGGAAAAAUCUCUACCGCCGGGAAGGCGAUCACAUGACGUUUUUAGUGACAGUCCAACAGUAUGCGGAGGAGCAGACGGAUCGUAAGGCAUGGUGUGAGAGACACUUCGUGUCUCACCGCGCUAUGCAGAACGUCAUGAACAUCCGCAAACAACUCCGGCAACAAUGCACUUCGCUCAAGCUGCUAACGCCAGAGAUGCCUACAUCGAGCUCCUCGCCGAAUACCGACGCAAUACUCGCCUGCAUACUCCGGGGGUUCAUUUCCAACACUGCGCGACUGUGCCCCGACGGCAGCUACAAAACGUUCUUCCACAAUCAGCUUGUGGCUGUUCAUCCGGGCAGUGUGAUGCAUGGACGCAAAAACAAGGCUGAGGCAAUUGUCUUCAGUGAGUUUCUAUAUACGAACAAGUCGUACGCGAAGAAGGUGAGCGCAGUACAGAUGAAUUGGAUAGAAGACGUCAUGAAGGAGGUGGUGCCUAUAUAA